AUGGCUGCUGUGAUGGGUCAUGGAGGCGACGGUGGUGACGAGCCACCACAUCCGUUCGGUGGGGGUUUUGGUGAUCACCAAAACGAUGUGGUGCUUCUGAAACGAAGAGGCAUGGCGGUAAAUAAAAAAAUGCACAAACUCUAUAAAGCUAACGGUGAACGGCCUCUUAAGAUAGUAUUUGACGUAAAUACUAACAUGCCGAUUGGGGAGGUGUAUGAAUGUUUUAUUCGGGAGGUUGGGAGCUAUAUGUGGCGGGACAUCGGUUUUGAUAAAGACACAUGGACAGAGGUUUCUGAAGCCGAAAGGGUUGGAAUGUUGCAGUAUCUUUCGAGAUGGUUUGAUUUUGACGCGAUUACAAAUCAUCCCAUGGCUUCAACUUAUUGGGCAUCACUGAAUAAUCGGAUAUGUGCGCGGUAUAGAGGCCGCAAAAAUAUUGCAAAAAACCGUUUUGAUGAUUUUGCAGGGAAUGUGGAGGCAGCAAGGGCUCAAGCCCCUAGGGGUAUGGAUCAGCAGCGUUGGAAUGCUGCUAUUGACCAUUUCUUAACAGAAAAACAUCAAAAACGAUCCGCUGGAAACAAAGAAUGCCGGAAGAAGCAAGUAGUGAAGAAUCGUGGAGGGACGUGCAACUACGGUAGUGCUUGUUUCAAAAAAAAUUUGAAUAGACUUGAAGUAUUUCAUCGUGCGCAUGUAAAUAAAAGAGGGGAAUUUGUUGAUCCAUUGGUUGAAGAGCAAUAUAAUGCCUUAGUUGCUGAGGUUGCUCUACAGACUCAUCACAUAGCCGACUCUGGUGGUGAUCCAGACACCAUUGAUUGGAUCGCAAUAUUUGAGAAGGUGUUGGGUACUCGAAGGGGGCAUGUGAGAGGUAUUGGGCCUAAAGCUUCUUCAACUGCGGGUACAAGUGCUUCAUCCCAAUGGCAGCCACAAUCACAAGCAUCGCAACCAACGCAGGAUGUUGAUGUGAACGCUUUUCUUCAAAACCCGACAUUUGUGACGGCCAUUGGAGACAUUAUUCGCUCGUUUAAAAACCAAGUCAACGAGGAAAACAACGAUGGGGAGGACGGUGGGGAAGACGAAGACAACUAG